GAGGGUUUAGAAGGGCCCGCGGGGCUGGGGCGAGGAGAGCGCGGGGCCAUGGCCGAGACCGACCCCGGCGAGCGGCGGGCGGUGGGCACCGAGCGGGGCACCGAGCGGGGCACCGGGCCGGGCACGGCGGGGUGGCCGCAGCGGCCUCCCUAUUCCUUCGUGGCGCUGAUCACCAUGGCCAUCCGGGCCAGCCCCGAGCAGCGGCUGUCCCUGAGCGGCAUCUACGCCUACAUCGCGGAGCGCUUCCCCUUCUACCGCGGCCGCGGCCGGCAGUGGCAGAACAGCGUCCGCCACAACCUCAGCCUCAACCCCUGCUUCCGACGGCUGCCCGGCCGCCACGGCCGCGCCGGCGAGUGGGCGCUGGACCCCGCUUUCCAGGACAUGUUCCCGGGGGGGAAUUACCUCCGCCGCCGCCGCCGCCUCUGCCGCCGCCCGUCCGCAUCGCCGCCGCCGCCCCCCGGGACC